AUGACACCACAACAUAUUAUUGAAUCAUCGAAACUAUACUUUAAGAUUGAAGGGAAAAAAAGAAUUACCUUACUUCCAUUAUUAAGUGAACUAGAUAUUUGGAACCAAAUGGAUGUAUGGAAUAACAUGUUUACAAAACUCUGUUGUAUAGACAAAGAACUUAUAUAUAGAGAGGUGUAUGGGUUAGAUCUUCCAUCAAGAUGGAACUUAUUUAAUAAAGAACAACAAGAUAGGUUUAGAGAUGAAGAGACACAAAGAAUCAAAAUUAGUAUGAAAUCAUUAUUAGAGACUAUGCACAUUGUUCAGGUAAGUGAUACAACUAUCAAGAAAUUUGUUGGAUAUUCUUUAAGUCAAUUUCGAUUCGAUGAAAAAAUAAGAAAAGAAAUAGAGGAAAUUGCACUUUCUAGAUGUAAUAUUAUAACAGAGAGUAUUGAAAAUAAUAAAGAAAGAGCUUUAUCUAAAAUGAGAGAAUUGUAUAAUGCCGUUUAUCUUACUGAGGAAUAA